AAAAUAAUGCACAUGGAAAGGUAAUGGGAACUCGUUCUAGAUAAUUGUGAUAGUUUCAAUGUCCAUAAACUGAAGUAACAUCGGGGAUCCAAAUGGCCUAUUGCGGUACUGCUACAGCUUGGUCCAAAUUUGGUUUAUUGACGCAGUUCAUUGGACUGGCUUUGGUUCUCUCGGGAUUUAGUACUAUAGGAUGGAUGGUUACUACAACUGUCCAAGACAACACGGACAUUAUUAUCGGUCUAUUCCAGAUGAAAGAUUGCUCCACGGGAAGUUGUGCAACACAGGCACUCUCAUCUGCGUAUGAAACGGGUGGUCGGGAUGCAACGCUGGGUUUAAUGAUCGUUGUUCUGAUAGUAUCAGUUCUCACCACAGUCCUUUACAGUAUUUAUGUUCCCACGGAUGCUGCAAGAUACAGAUGCAUGAUCAUUAUCAUAAUGUGCUUAACUUUCUUGGCGGCUCUGUUUACUCUGAUUGGAGCCAUUGUCUACGCCGCCUCAGUACCUAAUGACUUCUAUUCGUCCUAUUCGGUCGGGCUCGUCUUAAUAACCUCGUUAUUAUUCAUUUGCGCCGGAUGUAUGCUUAUUGGUCAAGCCCAAGAGAACAUCUUCAUUCUCACUAUGGAAUCUCCAAACCAAUCUUUCCCAGAAUUCCCGAGCAACGAUGAAGAAGAAAUGGUGGCUGAGGCGGAGUACAUGUACAAUGCAAGGAUGGAGGUGUUAAAGAGGGAGUUGGCUCAGACAAGGAGGAAUUUCCGCCGGGCGUGCCAACAAAUAGUCCUCCUUAACUCCAGGUUGUCGGAGGUGCAGAAGAGACACGAUCGGGCCAGGGCGAUAAACUCCCGAUCAUUCCAAUACUCAAACCGCCUCCAGAUGGACAUCAGUGAAGGAUUCAAGAAAGUCUACAGUGAGUAUGCCGAAUCCCAGGCUGAGGAAAACCGAAAUCUGGAGAUCCAAAUAUUCGGCGAAGUUCUAGUCGACUCUGACGAGGAGUAUGAGCCUGUCAACUAG